ACUCAUCUCAUGGCUUCUUCCAUCUUAGGUGGCCGUUUUUCAGCUGAGUUUUAUUUUCUAGUUCUCUGUGGUAAUUCUGUUGUCAUUGUUGUCUCCAUAUAAUUUUGGGUGUCACCAGGUAAACAGAGUCCUCAGCGUCUGAAUAGAAACUUAACAGGAACAGAAGAGAUUAUACGACAUCUGAGAUGGAGACCUUUCCUCUGCUGCUGCUCAGCCUGGGGCUAGUUCUUGCAGAAGUAUCAGAAAGCACAAUGAAGAUAAUUAAAGAAGAAUUUACAGAAGAAGAGAUGCAAUAUGACAUGGCAAAAAGUGGCCAAGAAAAACAGACCAUUGAGAUAUUAAUGAACUCGAUCCUGUUAGUUAAAAAUACCAGCCUCAGCAUGUCCAAGGAUGAUAUGUCUUCCUCAUUACUGACAUUCAGAAGGUUACAUUAUAAUGACCCUAAGGGAAACAGUUCAGGUAAUGACAAAGAGUGUUGCAAUGACAAGACAGUCUGGAGAAAAGUUUCAGAAGCAAACAGAUCGUGCAAGUGGAGCAAUAACCUCAUCCAUGACUCCACAGAAGUGAUGCACAGGGUCCACAAGGCCCCUAGCUGCAAGUUUGUACAGAAUCCUGGCAUAAGCUGCCAUGAGAGCCCAGAACUGGAAAAUACAAUGUGUCAGCUCACUACAGACAAACAAUUCCCCAGGUGCCAAUACCAUAGUGUUACUUCGUUAGAGAAGAUAUUGACAGUAUUGACAGGUCAUUCUCUGAUGAGCUGGUUAGUUUGUGGCUCUAAGUUGUAAAUCCCACAGAGCUUUAAGACUAGGGUCUUACUAAAGAAGGACCUCUUCAUGUUCGUUCUUGUUUCUUUCCUUAAUAUCUACUCUUUAGCACUAUAGUAAACUCUUGAUUAUUUAUUCUAACUGGAGGAGUUAAAAAUUCAAAAUUGUCGAUAAUUCAAUUAAAAUUUAUAACUGAUACUGGCAUGCAGAUUCUUCUCUCUCUCUCUGUGUAUGUGUGUGUGUGAGGGGGGUGGUCGGGUCGGGGGGUGUCUGAAACAAACUGAAUUUCAUCCUAGCUCAGCUAUAAAGCCAAGAAACAAGAGUCCACCUAACCAGGCAGAAUUA